AUGCGGAAACUUCUGGGCCUUCUGCUUCUGUGUGCCGGUGCGGCUGCCCGCAACAGGCCUUCUACAUACGACUCCAACUACCCUUCUUACAUCGACCAGAUGUGCCGUGCCUACUGUGACAAGAACCCUGUACUUCCGAAAAGCGGUCGACCUCAAUUUCCUCCUCCACCGCCUCCUACAAGACCAGGACCUCCACCAACUAUCAUCGUCUCUCCGCCAUCUCCGCCACGGAUCAUCGUCUCUCCGCCAACGCCGCCACGGAUCAUCAUCAGUCCUCCGACGCCGCCGGGUACUCCACCACACAAUCCGUGGGGAUGA